ACCUUGAUCAGAAAAACAAGGGGGGCUGACUCUGUAGACCAGCCUCCUGCCUCCUACUUUUGCACCAGACGGCCCUGAGAGAGAGUCAGAGCAGCUGUAGAAAGUGCUACAGAUUGAGAGUUUUUAUCAUCGAGAUGGCCCGGUGGAGUAUUUGGCGCGGCCCAGCGACACUACCCCUGUCCUGGAUAGAAGAUCUGACGCCCAUCGGUGUGCGUUGCAGCAGCAGCAUGCCGAUGAUCAGACAGGCGUACUCAGAAAGUGGCAGCAUAGUCCGGCCUUUCGAUGAGAUUCCUGGACUGUGGAAGAAUGGCGUGGCCAACUUGUACAAUUUCUGGAAACUGGAUGGUUUCAGAAACCUUCACCGCAUCAUGGCGCAGAACUUCAACACUUUUGGACCCAUUUACAGGGAAAAGAUAGGACAUUAUGAAAGUGUGAAUAUCAUCAACCCUGAGGAUGCAGCCAUCCUGUUCAAAGCUGAAGGCCAUUAUCCUAAAAGGCUGAAAGUCGAAGCGUGGACAUCUUACAGAGACUACAGAAAUCGCAAAUAUGGAGUUUUACUAAAGAACGGAGAAGACUGGAGGACAAACCGCGUGAUCCUCAACAAGGAGGUGAUUUCCUUGAAAAUGCUGGAAAACUUUGUGCCUCUGCUGGAUGAGGUGGGCCAGGAUUUUGUGGCCAGAGUUCACAAGAAAAUAACACGAAGUGGCCAGAACAAAUGGACCACUGACCUCUCUCAAGAACUCUUUAAAUACGCAUUAGAAUCGGUGGGCGCCGUGCUGUACGGCGAGCGUCUGGGUUUGAUGCUGGAUUACAUCGACCCCGAGGCUCAACAUUUCAUUGACUGCAUCACCCUCAUGUUCAGGACUACCUCACCCAUGCUGUACAUACCUCCCAAACUGUUGAGGCAGAUUGGAGCGAAGGUGUGGCGGGACCACGUGGAGGCUUGGGAUGGGAUAUUCAACCAGGCGGACCGCUGCAUCCAGAACAUCUACAGACAGUUACGCCAGGAGACGAGCAAUCCAAAGAAGUACCCAGGAGUCCUGGCUAGCCUACUCAUGUUGGACAAGCUGUCCAUUGAAGACAUCAAGGCCAGCAUCACUGAGCUAAUGGCUGGAGGAGUAGACACAACUUCUAUAACGCUGCUGUGGACGUUGUACGAGUUAGCCAGACAGCCCAACCUCCAGGAGGAGCUGAGGGCGGAAGUGGCUGCAGCUCGGGCAGAAAGCCAGGGGGACAUGCAGGAGAUGCUGAAGCGGAUACCUUUGGUUAAAGGGGCUCUGAAGGAAACACUGAGGUUACAUCCGGUUGCUGUGAGCUUGCAGAGGUACAUAGCAGAAGAUAUAAUUAUUCAAAACUACCACAUCCCGGCCGGGACUCUGGUACAGUUGGGAUUGUACGCAAUGGGGAGGGACCCCAAGGUGUUUUUUCGCCCGGAGCAGUACCAGCCCUCUCGCUGGCUGAGGACGGAGUCGCAGUACUUCAAAAGCCUGGGCUUCGGCUUCGGCCCCCGUCAGUGUUUAGGACGACGGAUAGCGGAGACAGAGAUGCAGAUCUUCCUUAUCCAUAUGCUGGAGAACUUCAGAGUGGAGAAGCAGCGCCAUGUGGAUGUGCAAACUACCUUUGAGCUCAUUCUCUUGCCAGACAAGCCCAUAAUGCUGACUCUGAAACCUCUACAAGCUAGUCGAUAACGUCACGUUGGAGAGACAGCUGUAGUGAGUGAAGCUCAUUUUUUGUAGCCCUUCAUCUCAGUUAAUUUUAAAAGGGCACCACGAUAUUUAUGCUAAACAAAAUCUUCCAAGUUUGGAGGCAA